CGUUUCCGCUCGUUUCUGGUGGUUCGGGUACACUGUGGUGAUUCGAUUACAUGUGUAUUUAUGUGUCUAUCUAGUGUGUGUUAAUGUGUAUCUCAUUAUGUAAUUUUUAUGUUUAACAGUGAAUUGUAGCUAUGUCGAAAAGAGGCAAACGGGGCGUUGCUUGUUUUUCGAAGAAAUAUAAGGAUGAGGAUUAUAACAUUGAGUUUGAUCAAAAUAAUCUUCCUGUUGGUCCUAACAAGCAUAAAUUUGUUUCAUGGUUCGGACUGAAAUGUAAACAAAUGUUUCCGUAUCACAUCAAGACUACGGAUUUUGAGCGAUACAUGUGGGACGAACUAUGGCUUGAAACAAAGGAACUGUGGAAAAUUCAGUCCAAUGCCCCGAAAGACACUAUGGAACGAAAAGCAAAGAAACUUUGUACCAAUUUUAGGAGUAGACUUGUCACCCAUUAUAUAAAUUUAGGAUAAAAGUAAAAAAGCAAGAGCAAGUGCAAAAGCAAACAAAAACGUCCCGCGUGUAGGACGAUCUGGGUAUACGAGCAUGAAAUAUGAUAUCAUAUGGCCUCAACUUUUAGCAAAGUAUUCAUGUC